GACGAUAGAUAAAAGGAAGAGGAUUCCCCGCGCCCAGAAUUGUAGUCAAGUGUUACGAGUCACAGUGUACAUCUGAUAGCAUAUAUAUUUCUGGAUCUUAGAAAUCAUUGACAUCAUCACACGCGAUACCUUUGGAAACUCGCAAACAUGGCAGCCACGGAAACCCCCCAAACGUUCGAUAUUCCGAAGAAGUACAAAGCAAUCGUUUAUGAUAAGCCGGGGACGAUUUCGACAAAGAUCGAGGAGCUUGAUACGCCCGAACCUGGUGCUGGAGAGGUACUUGUGCGACUAACGCAUUCUGGAGUCUGUCAUUCUGACAUGGGAGUGAUGGAGAAUACUUGGAGGGGUCUACCAUAUCCAACGCAACCUGGGCAAGUCGGAGGACACGAAGGUGUCGGGAUCGUUCAUAAAUUGGGACCGGGUUCCGAAAAUGGUCGAGUCAAAGUUGGAGACCGAGUAGGCAUCAAAUGGAUUGCUUACGCCUGCUCAGCAUGCCCGCCAUGCCUGGAAGGAAAAGACGGCGUCUGUUUCAACCAAAAGAUCUCCGGUUAUUAUUACCCAGGAACGUUUCAGCAGUAUGCUCUAGCUCCAGCAAACUACGUCACUCCAAUUCCCGAGUCCUUAAAAUCCGAGGAUGCAGCCCCCAUGCUUUGCGCUGGGGUGACAACGUAUUCAGCCUUGCGAAAGAGUGAAGCGAAAAGUGGCCAGUGGGUCGUUAUAGCCGGUGCUGGUGGUGGCUUGGGUCACUUAGCUUGCCAGAUCGGUAGCCGCGGUAUGGCUAUGAGAAUUAUCGGUAUUGAUCAUGGAAGUAAGGAAAGUCUUGUCAAGGACUGUGGAGCAGAAGUCUUCCUCGACAUUACGAAAUUUGAUGAUAAAAGUCUCGCUGAGGAAGUGAAGAAAGCGACUGGCGGCCUUGGGGCAUCAGCCGUGAUUGUGUGCACGGCAUCAAACAAAGCAUACGCGCAAGCCCUAGAUUUCCUGAGAUUCGGAGGCACACUCGUGUGUGUAGGAAUGCCAGAAGGCGACUCCGUGCCUAUCGCAAAAGCAUUCCCUGCUGCAAUGGUGGCAAUGGAACACAAUAUUAAGGGGUCCGCGGUGGGGAACCAAAGAGAAGCUCUUGAAAUCUUAGAUAUGGCAGCAAGGGGCAUUGUUAAGACUCGAUUGAGAACCGAGAAGAUGGAAAAUCUGACAGCAGUUUUCGAGGAGAUGUCUGCCGGGAAAAUGCAAGGCAGAGUAGUUCUCGACCUUCAGUGAUAUGAUGCACAAAAAGGGAGAACUCGGUGUACCAUAGAAGAUGGUGUUGAGGCGACGAUGUGAUGUAGGGCUGAAAUGGAGAAGCGUGUGAUUUGGUAGAAUUCCAGGUAUCUGAAG